UUUCGAAUCUUCUUCUGCUCUUUCUUCCACCUCUAUCUCGUCUUCCAAUCCCUUAUUGCGAUACGACGACGAUAUUAGUAAUCCUCUAAUUCGCGUCUGCCUCCGAGUCUUAAUACACGGCUGUGUAAAAUGAACGAUGUUUCAAGGAAGACUGGACCAAUGCGGCACUGUUCGUUUCGUUAUACAGGGAUUCCCUGGAGGUCACGUAUACCCGCAAAUAGCCAGCGGUCCUCUUAAGGUGGGAUUUCCUACCUGCGACAGAGGAGACUUCAGAGAAAAAAAUGGUUUGCUACAUACGUUCGAGAUCAACGAGGAGGAGGAGGAGGAGGAGGGCACGAAAGGAUCGAAAUUCCCAAAGGCGGAUCCGACGAAAACUGUAAAAUGUUUCAACCGUCCAGCAGCAGGAUUAGUUACGACCGACCCGAACCAAUUACGCCCUGCGCCGGUUCUACUGUCCACCGUUAGAUAUUUGUUUACCAAGAUAGCUACGCGAACGGACGUCGAUUGGACAGUGGCGUACGAUUUCAUCUUCGACCGUUUGAGAUGUGUAAGGCAAGACGUUGCGAUUCAACGAAUCGACACUCUUACGAGCAUUCGUCUGUUCGAACCUAUUGUUCGAUUUCUCGUCUAUUCCGCGCAAAGAUUGUGCGAACGAAAUAUAUCGGAAUUUAACGGAAAAAUCAACGACCAACACCUUGCCGAAUGCACGACGCACUUGCUCGUCUUAUAUGACGAAUCAGAGAAGGAGGAGGAGGAACUCGAGCGAGCUGUGGAGAAGCUAAGGUUGAACAACAACAAUCGUCAACAAAUGGAAGCGUUGUAUAUUCUGUCAAACAUGGGUAACACCGAAGCUUUAACAAGGGCAUUGCAGCUUCCUCUCGAUAUACGGAGAUCCCCGGACGUUCAACUAUCGAUGAAAAUAUCGUUGGCUUGGUAUCUGAAAAAUUACGCACGCGUUUGCUCUUCGAUUCCACAACUUUCUCCCAUACUUGUUUGCGCAGCUAUGACCAAUAUACAAAAAUUAAGAAGGGCAGCGUUGAAAAUCAUGAGUUCAGGAUACAACAGUAAAGUCUUAACAUUCCCAGGACUUAAAUUGCAAGAACUGUUAUUGUACAACGAGAUAGAGAGAGUUCGGGCGGACUGUACGCUGUUCGGUCUUGCAUUCGUCGAGGAAAAUGUUUCAUUUCAAAAAGCAAAUUUCAAAGACCAAGUUGAACUAGCACACCCACAAAUGUAUUACACACGUCACUUUUUACACGAUCUUUUGCCACGCAUUUUACUCGAAUCGAAUCGAAUAUAAAAUAAAGAACGACAACAACGUUCACUGCGAAUCACUGGAAGAACUACUCGAAGAAUCCGUGGACAUAACUUCG